CUGGGGACAGCAGGGCAGGGCUGCUCCGGCCGGCGGAGCUGACACGCGGCGGGGUGUCCGGGCACGCUGGGCGGGCGAUGAGUCGCGGGGUGAGUCCGGGACAGUGCUGGCUCGGGGCUGCCACCCUCCUGUGCGGCGUGGGUGGCAGGGAGGUAGUGGACUGGCCCGUCGCUCUGCUGCCCCGGUGGGGAACCCGCUGCAGCAGGUGGGUUUCGCAGUUCCUGCGCUGGGUCCGUAGUUCUCUCCUUGCCCCAUGUCUCCUGGGCUUUCGCCAUCCCUUAAUGUCCGCCGGGACGAUCCGCCCCGACGGCCGCCGCAGGGUCUCCCCGUGCAGCCCUGGUCACCAGGGCAGGGGCACCUCGAGACCUCCCCGGGCCAUGGGGGCUGGGGCGCUUAGGGGUGGGUGCCCGGGUUCGCCUUCUCUGGGGCUGACAGGGAGUGUUCUCUCCUUGCUUCUCCCCCGUACUCCCUCCCCCCGGACCUGUCCUUGGAAACGCUAUUUGUUUUGGUCGGAGGGUGCCAAACUCCUGCCUUUGCUAAGUGUUAAAAACAUGGGGCCGGGGGAGGAGACAGGCAGAGUAACAGAUGGAGGAAGAGGAGGAGCCGCCGGCUUCCCUCGGUGUGGCUCCCCCCGCGGGGGAGGGCAGCAGGCAGGGCGGCCCCUGGUCCCGUCCCCGACCUGUCCGGGCGGAGGUCACUCCCGCGGGCAACGCUCGGGGCACUCGGCCGCAGUUCAGUCUCGCCAAUACAGUUUUUUGAGCCUUCACGGAGAGACGUAUCUCUUCCAAGAGCUGUGAAACUAGAAAAAGCUAAAGGGGAGAAAUGUCGGCUGUAAACUCUGAAAAAUGAGGCGGGAGGAAAUGCAAGUAACUCCUAACAAAGGCUCUUUUCUGUUCUUGUGUGGUGAGUGCUGACAGAGGUGGAGUCAGUGAAAGGGAAACUCUAGACCAAAUGAGAUUCAGUCGGUGCCAGCUUGAAGAUAGUAAGAAUGUGAACCCAGCAGAAUAAACAAAGUUAAGACUUUCAUAGUGGUAAAACUGGACAGAGCACUCAUAAGUCUCUGUGUCCUUGCACACUUCCUUUGAACAAAGCAGGACUGUGGAAAACCUUUGCUUGAAGAUGGUAUCUGAAGAAAAUACCCAACUGUGAAAUUGUCUUCCUCCCUCCUCCCCCCAGGUGCUUCGUAAAAUAACUUCUAAAGCAAAGCUACAGAAGUAAAAACAGUAGACACACCGUGAAUUGCUCACAGUCCGCAAGCAAUUUGCAAGACUUUGGGCCACUACACUGCGAACAACAUUAAUCAAAUCUUUUGAUGGACCACAUCCUGCAACAUUAAUCUUUUGGAGGUCUUGUUUACUGUGUUAACAAGGUAAAGGGAUUCAGAAUGCCUCUCAGUGAUGACCAGAACAGUGACUCAGAUUCUUCACGGCUCUCAGAAAGCACAGUUUCUUCCAGUGACACAGAAUAUUCCAGGCAGAGCUUUAACAGUGAUUCUUCAAGCAAACCCAGCUCCCCAGCGUGUAAGCCUGUUUCAGCCUCACCUGCAUUGUGCAUGGACCAAUAAGGCUAACUUACCUUGUUUCUCUUUGCUGUCAUGGGUAGAACCUGGGAUUCUGAAUCUGUUUAAGAGUAUUAACAGAGAGGCAUGGCUUUCUCUUUGCUGUGAAGCAGUGCAUCUCCUGUGUAUGGAACACCAGCAGCAACUGUAUCCAUGGGGGUCUCCCUGUGCUCUCCUUCCCUUCAGAAAGUCAGCUAGCCCUCCCAAGGUCAUCACAUUUGAUGAACUGAUGGCAGCUACAAGAAAUCUGUCAAACUGGACUCUAGCUCAUGAAAUUGCUGUAAAUGCAAAUUUUUGCAUAAAACAUGAAGACUACCCACAAAACAGCUUUGCAGGCACAGUGAAACAAAUUGUACACAAGGCAUUUUGGGAUCAUUUGGAAUCAGAACUGAGUGAAGAUCCUCCAGAAUACAAACAUGCUAUCAAGCUCUUUGAGGAAAUUAAGGAGAUUCUUCUUUCUUUCCUGACUCCUGGAGCAAACAGGAUUCACAAUCAAAUUUGUGAAGUUCUUGACACGGAUCUUAUAAGACAGCAGGCAGAGCACAAUGCUGUUGAUAUUCCUGGGCUAGCUAACUAUGUCAUCAACACUAUGGGAAAGUUAUGUGCUCCAAUAAGAGACAAUGACAUAAAACAGUUAAAAGCAACUGACAAUAUCGUAGAGUUACUGAGACAAAUAUUCCAUGUUUUGGACCUGAUGAAAGUGGACAUGGCAAAUUACACAAUUAAAAGCCUUAGACCAUACCUCUGGCAUAACUUGGUGGACUAUGAAAGAACAAAAUUCCAGGAAAUUCUUGAAGAAACACCAAGUGCCCUGAAUCUCACAACAGAAUGGAUAAAGGAAUCAAUAGAAGAUGAAUUGUCAUCUAUUUCUGAUGAGUCUUCAUCAUGCCCUGGUGCUGAUAGUAGUUCAAAACCAAUUAUUAGUCCUACACUGGUGCUAAACAAUGGCUACUUGAAACUGUUACAGUGGGAUUAUUGCAAAACAAUUCCAGAGACUCUAAUAACAGAUGAAGUUCGUCUUCAGGAGUUGAGAGAAAAGCUCAAUCAAUUAAAAGUCAUAGCUUGUGUUUCUCUCAUAACAAACAACAUGGUGGGUGCAGUAAUUGUAGAUGUGCCUGAUUUCACUGAUCAGCUGAAAAGGAUCUCCCUUCCUCUUCUUGAAGGCAUGAAUAAGAAAAGUUUUGACUUGAAGGAGGCUCUGAAUGCUAUUGGCGUCCAGAUUUGCAGCAUAGUGAACAAGUCUCUAAGUGAAAGAGGUCUUCCCACUCUUAGUGAAGAAAUGCAGAGUAAUUUAAUGGGUCAAAUCGCUCAUAUUGUUGAGAAGAAUAAUCCUAUCUGUUCCUUGAUUGACAAACGAAUCCAGCUCUUCAUGAGAAGCUUGCUUGCUCUUCCGAGUUUUCAGAAGUGUAUGCCUACUAUGCCAGGAGGCCUUUCUGUGAUUCAGACAGAGAUAGAGUUUCUGGGAUCUCAGUAUGCAAGCAUUGUAAACUUCAAUAAAAAAGUGUAUGGACCAUUCUAUGCAAACAUACUUAGAAAACUGCUUUUUCCUGAGGCAGCAAUGGAGAAAACAGAAGCAGAAACAUCUAGCAAUUAAAAAAUGUACCCUUUUUUUUAAUCUUCCAAGACAGUGGGGAAGUCACAUUUUUAAGAACAGCCUACUCCAGUGACUGUUGAUGGGGAAAGAUCUUGUAAAAUGUAUACAGAUAGUAUCUGAAAUUCACUGUAAAGAAGUUAAUGUCAAGGUCAUAUAUGUAUUUUAAUAGAAAAAUAUUUGUUUAAUGGAUUGUCACUUGUAAUAGCCAGUGAAUUAUUAAUUUCCAUAGCAAGUAUUUAUUAUGACUUGCAGUGGGAAAGAGCUAGCAAUGUACUUACUGUUUUGCCACCAUCAAAACAAUGUUAUUUUUCAACUCAAUAUAUUUACAUAUAGCAAUGCAUAUUAGGAAAUGAGAAAACAACUGUAGAUAAAAUGUACUAUGCUUACAUUGUAUUUUUGUAGAGUAACAUCUCAGACAACAAUUGUGUUUCUGAGAAUACUCCGAAGAAGAAAGUAUAGCAUAACUGCUUUAGUAACCAAACCCAGGUUCAUACCAGGCCAAGUUCAGGUACUCCUGCAAUUACUGGACCCAGAACUUUGCCUCUGUUACAUUAAGGAAUGCCAGUGUUAGAAGCUGUUUGCAGGAUAGCAGUUACAGAAGCAGCAUUCACAACUUCAAUUAUGAAUGAUUCAGAAUGUCUCAACUCUGAGAUUAACGAUAAACACCUGAGAAACAUGACGUUGGGGGUGGAGUAAAUUUCUGUAUAUAAUUGUGUUUAUAAGCAUUUUGUUUAUUCUGUGGAGGUCAUACAGAACUUUUAAGAUGUGUAUGUAUUGAUCUUUGUUUGUAAUGGAUGGGUAUUGAGUAUUUUUAAGUUGGGUCUUUCUAAUCUUUAUUCCCAAAAGCAUUUAACCCUGACCUCACAGUGUACCACAGAAGAACUGCCCCUUCCAUGCCCUUAUCCAACAGAAUGUAAAUUUUUCACAAGAUAUUCUUAGAUCUGAAAGCAAGAACCUGAGUAAUUAGUAAUUUUUGAAAAUAUUAUAAUAUUCACUUUUUUAUGGAGUGUGUGAGAAAUGCUCCCGUUUUCCUCAAAUUUCUUUGGACUGGGCCCCAAUACUUAGAUUUAAGAAUACUUACAUUUAAGGCAUUGGGAAUCUUGCAUACAGAAAAUGAAUAAGAUUGAAAUAGAGAAAUGUGGAAGUGAACUACUUUAAGUUUACAUAGGCUUUAUCUUGCAUAUUUCAGAUUACUGGGAUUAGAUAGUGCUGGGAUACAUAUUAUAGACAUGGUCUUGUCUAUGAAAUUGAAUAAUUUACUUGAAAAUUAUAUUUUAAUAUAUUACCAUAUAAUACUCCUUUUAAGAUGUCAUAUAUAGAAAACCUUGGUGUGGUACAAGUUAGAGCUUGUUUUUAAUAUUUUAUAUUACAGUCUAUUUUUUAUGAAGAGACAAAAAUAACCCGUAAAAGUGUAAUGUGUCACGCAAAUUGUUUAUGUACAUUACUGUGUCUAUCAUAAAGGUCUAAAAAACCUGGGCAUUAUUAGCACUGUGGUUUUGUAGUCCAUUUCUACAGGAAUGUGUACCCUUUAUAGCAAAGGAAAUUACUUCUAUUCAGUUGUUCUUCAGUGUCCAAGGACUUUGGUCACAUGUAAAUGUUAAAGAAAACUUUCUUCGAAAUGCCUUUUUUAGAGAAUUUCUCUAGUGCACUUCUAUCCUCUGUGAAAACAUUGCACAAAGAUGAAUACAUGUUUUAAAGGGAACUGUUUCCUGGAAAACCUAGGAGAAAGGAACUCUUAGACUAUCAUAACUGUGCCACUAAGUAAGCCAGGCUUGCUCAGAUGAAUAUGAAAUUUUGGUAGGCAAUCCAAAAUCAUUAAGAGAAGAAUGAAUUUAAAAAACAGCUAGAGGGAAUGAAUCUUAGUGAUUUGCUACAAUCUUAGAAAUACCUGCAUGAUUUUGAGCUUCAGCCAAAAGAGGAUUUUAUGAACAUUUGAAGGUGAUUGCUAAUAUGAUUAUGAACUUUUAAUUGUAAUAUUUUAUAUCCAUUCUAUUGUACAAAUGGAUAUCAAACUUCAGCUCUUUAAUGAGCUGGGAAAACUGUCAUACUAGUUUUUACCAGUAAAUACUCAAAGCAUAGCAUUUAUUUGGGGGGGUUGGGGGUUGGUGAUUAAGGUGACUUGCAAAGGGCAUUUUAUAGCAUGGCCUGUGCUUCAAGUGAUAGUUUAAUGUGUUUUAAUUUAAUGUUUCAAACAGGGAUAUUGCAGCUGUUUAAUGUCAUGUGUUGCAUGCUGUUUAUGCUACUGUGGCUGAAAUGCACUUGACUCUACUCAGUUGUCCUUGUGAAACAAGAUGCCAUUCUGUAGCAGCUUUGUUUAAAACCAAGUGUUUGAGGGUUUGUAUGCAUAAAUUUUGUUUGUGAUAACAGCAGUGGUGUUAUCACUUACACCACUGUCAUUUACACAAACGUUAUUAAAUGCAACAGAUUGUU